AUGUCUACCCUCGCCGCCCAAAAAGCAACGACCCAAGCCGUCAUCGACGCAUACAACGCAUGGGACAUAGAAAAAAUAUUAGCUGUUCGAGCGCCAGACUGUACAACACGAGUCCUUCCUGCAUCCAUGGGGAGACCGAAUAUGAGCAAUAGCGAGUACCGCGAACGUAUGAAUCAACUUACCAUUCACGAAGAGGUGCAUGAUGCGGACGCGCAUAAGUGUAUGAUGCACUUGUCCAGUACAUCCGAGACUGACAUCGGACCGUAUACGAACGAAUACGCACUGAUCUUGCAUUUGACGGACGACGGGAAGCAAGUUAUCAAGUUUUUGGAAUUUGUAGAUUCGGCUUACUCCACGAAAUUCUUUGCGGCGCUGGCCGAGGCAGGACUGGGGAAGUAG